AUGUCAUAUUACGAUGUCGAUUCCAUCCUGACUGAUGGUGAGGUAAGUACUCUCCCACCCACCCACACACAUGCACGCACUUCUCUCCUUCUACUCCCUCCCCUUCCCCUCCACCAGCUAACCUUUGGCCUCCCCUUCCAGAAAGUACCGUGCACUUUCGAGCUCGACGUCCCCUACCUAGGCCACCUGGACAAUAGUUCGAGCGGUCUCAAGCCGGGAACCGACAUUACCCUCCCCCUCUGGCUGGCCGAGAUGCUCGCGCUUGCCUCGUCGGGCGACGACUCCAAGGCCCCCCUGACGCUGCACAUGCCGUCCUGCCUGUCCGAGUCGGUCAUGGCGGCCCUGCGCGCCGACCCGCGCUCCGUCCCGCUCCGCGACCAGAGCGUGCACAUGUACGGCGUCGGCGUGCGCAUGCUGGACCUGUUCGACGAGGCCGAGCUGGCCGCCGUGCUGCGACGGUCCUUUGUUGUCAGGGCCGCCGACGUCGGACUCCACGCUCGCAAGGCCGACGAGGGUAUCGGGCUGGGCAGCCAGCAGGAGGAGUUCCUGCGCGGUCUAGAUGAGUGGGAGAGGGGGCUGUUCCGACGCGCGCACGAGGGUAUCAAGAGUGCUAAGGGGUGGUCCGAUAAGGUGAAGAAGGGUUAG